AUGCCAAACUUGACUCUUCAGCAAAACCUCAUUCAGUAUGCAAUUACUCUAAUAGGUGAGGGCCAACUUGAUUACCCUAUACAAGAUAGGCACAGAAUACUUACCGAUGUUAUCCAGUUGCUCUUUCACAUGCCUUCAUUAGUUCCGACGAGGGGUAGGUUUCAGAAAGGAGAACCCCUCGUUUUGGUGAUCGAGGGAACCAUUCCCAUCUUUUAUAAGGCCCAGCAUUACAAAACCCCAAUCAAAAUAUGGGUUCCAUUAGGUUAUCCUAGGGACUCUCCGAAGGUGCGCGUGGUGGUCGAGGACCAAGCGAUAUUGUCAAUCAAGUUCCCUCACCCUUAUGUCGACGCUGGAGCUGGUGGUCUAGUAAAUGUGCCGUACAUGCAGGCUUGGACCGAAUCACACUUAGAGAUAAGAACUCUCACAGAUCUGGUAAUUAAUAUGUGUGAAUGUUUUAGUGUAGACCCACCCGUUCGACAAAGGGUGCCGCCGAAGCCGCCGGCCCCGGUACCCACGUUCCCCAUUCCGCAACCACCUCAGGAGCAAGAGAUGCAAGAGAGGGAGAGGCAGGAGGAAGGCAAGAGAUGCAGAGGCAAGAGAGGCCGAGGUUGGGCUUGUGGUCUUCUUUGA